AUGCAGCCCUUCCCCUCGACGCCUGGGCCGGGACGCGCCGCAGACACCUGCCCGGCUCCGCCUGGACCGGAGCGUCCUCCCGCGGCCAGGGCUCGGGCAGCUGCUUCCAGCCUGGGACCGGCCUCGGCCUCCGGCAGAGCGCCCCGGGGCCUGGACAUGAGUGCCCAGGAGCCCCCGCAGGGUCGGAGAUUCCCCAUUGAGGCCGGAGACUCCCCUGGCCUUGCCGCCGCCCCCGAGUCCCAGGACAGCCCGGAGCCGGUAGCUACGGAGCACAACCCGGUCAGGCCGCUUCGACGCUGCCCCGGCUGCCACUGCCUGACGCUGCUGCACGUGCCCAUCGACGUCUACCUGGCCAUGGGCGGGAGCCCCCGGGCCCGCGCCACCUGA